AUGGGAAAUGGAUCUAGUAUACCUUCUACAGGAAUUAAUAUCCAUGGUAAAAUUACAAAGAAACUUUUUGAAAAUGGCAAAUCAAAACUACAUCAAUCUUGUCAAUCCUCUAAACAGUUCACAUGUAAUUCAGAAGACAAUAGUAAUGGUAUUAACGAUAAAAAAUGGGUUUAUUCAAUUGACCAAACCAUAAAAAGUUAUCAAGUUGAAAGUUUUUAUUAUGAUGAAGAUUAUCUAGAUAAAGUUGACGACGAUGAUAAUGAAGAACAUAUAACAGAUAAUGAAACGGAAAGUUUCAAAUUGGAACAAAAUAAACUUAAUGUAAACAAUACCGUGGAAAGAGAGGAACCUUAUGAUACUUUAAAUAACAAUGAUAAUUCAUGUAAGUAUAAAGAAGCAACUGAUUACAAACUAUUUCUUCAAUGUGAUAAACAAUUUCAUGAAAGUCUGAAAGACAAUAUGAGUGAAAAUUCGAAUAAAACGAUACUUAGCGACUUGAAUAAUGGGUGUACAAUAGGAUAUUUCAAAUCACUAGAAUAUCCAAAUUUACUACAAAAUGAUUCAUCUCUAUCCAUAAUAUCAAUUAAUUCACUUAAUACUAAAUCUAUUUCGAAUAAUAAUGCACAAAUAAAUGAUAAACAAAAAUGUCAAGAACAACAUAAUACUACUAAUAUUCAAAAUUCAAUCAGUUGUUUAACAUCUCCAAUUGAUCAAUUUGAAAUAGAUUCAAUUUUAGUGAUUCAGUCGUCCAAUAUAAAUAAUAAUAGUCAAUCACAAUCAAACUUUAUACCAUUAAUUGAUAAUGUUCAAAGCUAUUCAAAUCCAUUAAAACACAAUGUGUAUGUACAAUGUAAUAUGAAUUGUGAACAUUUGAACAAACUUCAACACCAAGAAAAUGAAAUUGAUUAUUUAGACAAAAGUUUAAGUGUAAAAUUUGAAGUAUCAAAGGGGAUAACUAUGAAAAAUAAGGAUAAAUAUGAUGAAAUAAUGAAAUUAUCAGAAAAAAUUCCUAUUAUCUCAAUGAGUAAUCGUAAAAUGAUAGAUUUUACAAAGCAUGAUACAACUACUUGUUCAGAAAUCAAUCAUGACAAAGAAUAUUUAUCUUUAAAUUAUUUUCAAUUUGACCAAACAUCCUGUGAAAAGUUUCAGUUGCAAUCAGGUCAUGAUCCAUUUGAUCUAGAUAAAACUAAACAAACUGACUUUAAUGAGGAAUAUAACAGACAUGAUCAAAUUAACCAUAGAAACUUAAUGGAUACAUUUUCACAAAAUAAUGAUGAAUAUGAAAUUAUGUCUGUUAAUCAUGAAUUGAAUUGUCAAUCAGAAGGACCAAUUAGCAUUGAUAUUAAUAAAGAUAGAUAUAUCUAUACACCUAUUUUAAUGGAAAAACUUGAUAGCCCCACAAUUAAUACAACUGAUGUAAUCCAAUCAAUUCAAACUGUGAAAUGUAUGAAAGCAACUAAAUCAUAUUGCAUCGGACAAGUCUUAAUAAAAGAUACUAGUGAAAUGGAAAUGAAUAAAAAAUAUAUAGGUAAUAAAGAUAUGAUCGAGAAGGAUAAUAUUUUGGAUAAUUAUAAAAAAUCAAUGUUAAUAGAUAAUGAACCUUCAAACCAAUCCACUGUGACUAAAACAAUCAGUGAAUGUACCACAAAAUUUCAUAGGCCAAUAUAUGUUCAGGUAGUAAACAGUUUACAUCAUGAGUAA